ACUAAAAUACAAAUACAAAGCAAGAAUCUUUCUGGAGGAAAGCCUUUCGUUCGGAGUCCUGGGGGAGCACGGCCGAGGCGUCACGGAGCAUUUCGGGAUCAGUAUUGAGGAUAUCGAUCUCAUCAGCGCCAACAUGGAGAAUUCGCUCGCUUCCGUUGGAGGGUUCUGCUGUGGCAGGUCGUUCGUGAUCGACCAUCAGCGACUUUCCGGCCAGGGGUACUGCUUUUCAGCCUCACUCCCCCCGCUGUUGGCUGCCGCUGCGAUCGAGGCUCUCAAUAUCAUGGAGGAGAAUCCAGGUAUUUUUUUAGUUUUGAAGGAAAAGUGCGAACGAAUUCAUAAAGCUUUACAGGGCAUUUCUGGGUUAAAAGUGGUGGGGGAGUCCCUUUCUCCAGCGUUUCACCUACAGCUCACAGACAGCACCGGGUCUCGAGAAAAAGAUGUUAAACUACUUCAGGAGAUUGUAAAUCAUUGCAUGAACAGAAGCAUCGCGUUAACGCAGGCACGCUACCUGGAGAAGGAAGAGAAGUGCCUCCCUCCUCCAAGCAUCAGGGUUGUGGUCACAGUGGAGCAGACCGACGGGGAGCUGGAGAGAGCCGCGCGCACCAUCAAGGAGGCGGCCCGGGCCGUGCUGCUCUAGGUCGGGGCCUCGGGCCUGCUGGGCAGCCGCCACACGGCACACGCACGGGCCUCCGCGUCACUGCCUUGUGACCUGGGCGGGGCCUGCGGGGACCUGCGGGGGUGGCCGCCGGCUGCGUGGGUGCGGACUUGCCACCCAACCGCGAGGAGGACGCUGGCUAGCUUUAAAAAGGAAACACACUGAAAGUCCAGGAACGGAUUUUUUUUUAAGAAGAGAACUAAUGACAGCAGAUAACUGGUAUUUAAAUUGUGCUAUUUAGUAUUAUUUAAGUGUUCUACUGUACUAGUAUUUUGUAUUCUUUUUUGUUGUUUAAAAAUGGAGCUUCAGUUCACCUCCUCCCUCCAGUAGCCGAGAGCGAGCAGCAGUCCUUAGUGUUUGCUCGAGUUUACGUCUCUGCGGCGCUCGCGCUGGAGGGACACCCGUCCGGCUAGGACACAACCCCCUUCUCGAGGAUCUGACUCAACCACAUCCCAUUCAGCCCUCGUCCAGCCCUCGUCCAGCACAGCUCAGCGGCGGCUGAUGUAUAAGGAAACACUUGUGUGAUUAAGACAAACUUUUUGUUGUAAUGUAUUUGAAUCCCAGAAUUUUUACAUACACUAAAUAUUGAUGUUACCCCAUUUCUAAUACCUGAUCUAACAUCCCUAACCAGGGAGUGAGUAGUCACUGUAUUUCUUAAGUGAUCAAUAAUUUAAGUCGAGUACUGCUUUAUUUUAAUAGAAUUGGCCUUCACAUUUAUUAUGUGUUGACUUCUGAUCUGUUUUAGGAAGAGGGUCACUGUGAUGUUCCCAGAAUAGAAAUCAUGUCCUUGAUAUUUUAGAAUAUCCUGAAUGUAGUCCUUUUUUGUGGAGUGGGUUUGCCUGAGGACAUGUAACGACAGUCUUUUUCAAAGUGAAGGAAAUUUACUUUUCCUCUUAGCUUACGGAUUUCAAAUAUCUGAAAAUGUGAACGCACUAAACAUAACGUUUUUAAGCUGUUCUUCAGCUGUUUUUUCUUCGGCAAACCAGGUUCGGUGGUGUAAAUGUUUGUGCUGGGUGCCACGGGGUAGUGCGUAAACACUACACCAUUGAUUCUUGUCUUAGUAAAGGUAAAGGAAUAAAAUUGUUUAAAAAAAUGUGUAAGAAUGCCAUUGUUAUAGUGUGUUCAUAGUAACAAAUGGUCUUCAACGUCUGUUUGAAUAACCUAUUUUUAAUAUUUAGUUUCUGCUUUGCUGGAGGUAUUUUGUACGCACGUGCCUUGUGAUUGCUGCUGCUUUGAAGGACACGGGACUGUCUUUGGGGAUGAAUCUUUUGCUUUAUUUUUUAAUGAAAUAAACCUACAUUCCUA